CUAUUCUGCCCUAGUGGAUCAGUUAUCGGACGUGUGUUUUGUUAUCAUUAAAGUAAUCAAAAUAUAUUCAUUGUACGGUGGUCGCAUGUGAGAUAAAAAUGGAUUUUGUACCAAAACUACAAGUUUUACAAUUUCACCCUGAUACAAGAGAUGUAGUAAGACAGAGGAUUAACAUGAAGACACCUGAAGAAAUGGACGCGGUUGUUGGAAUAUUGAAUGAAUGGAUACAACAACAGAAACAUUUCAAAAGAAGAGAUUUCAGCAAAACUUAUUUAGAAAUGACUAUAAUUCAAUCAAAGGGAUCAAUUGAACGAGCUAAACAGAUGACUGAUAAAAUGUGUACAUUAAAGAGCUUGCUGCCACAAUAUUUCACGAUAAUCGACAUAAAAAAGGAUUUUGCGGAUAUGUUUGAAAUUGUGACUCCGGUUAUAUUACCACGGCUUACAAAAGAUCACCGAAGGGUAUUUGUUACGAAGAUGUGGGGAGACGUGCGAAAUAUUAGGAAUAUUACAAAUUUUUUUAGAUACACUUUUAUGAUGGCUGAAUACGAUCAUCAAGCUGAUUACGUAUCUGGAAUUCAUUUGACCGUCGACUUUUCAGAAAUAAACAUGAUGGAUUUGUUGUCCAAAUUGAAUCCGGUAGAACUAAAACAAGUCAUUACAACGUUAAUGGUAGCGUAUGGCAUGCGGAUACAAGGCAUUCACUGCAUCUCGGCGUCCAAGCUGAUAGAGGGCUUUAUAGCAAUCUUGAAGCAAUUUCUGAAGCCGAAGAUAGUCAGUCGCAUCCACGUGUACAAGAACUGGGAAGAGUUACACGACGUCUUUGGGAAAGAUGUCCUGCCCAAAGACUUUGGAGGCGAUGAAAAAUCUAUCAAAGAGAUUCAUGCGGACUGGAUAGAGGAACUAUCAUCUAAAGAAUUUACUGCGUACCUACGCGACAUAUUCUCAGCGGGGACGGAUGAAUCUUGUCGACCGACACAUAAGUUCAAUGAGGAUUACGCUGGAAUGCCGGGAACUUUCAGAGUAUUAAGAGUGGAUUGAUUUAAGAGUCUAUUUCCUUGAUAAUCAUACACAUAAUGUCUUCGAAGACCCUGAACUAAGCGACUCGCCUUGACCUACAAUAUUGUAAUUUGUUAUAUGUUAUGUAAUUAUUGAUUUAAGUCGUUUAGUGUACGAGACGUGUCGUGUAUAUUACGGUGAAGCUUAUGUUUUUGGCAAAGUACAUAGAAUAUUAGAAGCUAUUUUUUUAUGAUCAUAUAUGGUAAAAAAAUUACGAUUGUAAAAGAAGUCUCCUACUUGCCUCUUUGUGGUUUUAUUUACUAUCUAUUUUAAUGAAAAUUAAGUUUUCAUUUUACAAUACAUUUAUUACAUUCUCAUAUGAGAUUAAUAAUGAUUUGUUGAUUAAAAUCGCAUCCUAACUGUCUAUACUUAUAUUUGCUUGAUUAAUGAUGUAUA